CCGUACACCUGCCCCUUUGCGGACACGCGCUGCUGCUUCCCUCCAGGCAACGUGUUGCUCACCCCCGCCGCCCCGCCCAUGGAACCCCUACUCUUCGACUGCACCUCCUACUCAGACGCGUCCACCCCCCGCACGCCCUCCCCCCGCACCGACGACAUGCAUCCCCCCUUCCAGUCGCCACCCAGCUACAAGUCCUCCCUAGACCUCGCCGCGCCGCGCUACAUCUUCGACCCCACCCACGACGAGAACGGCAUCGCUCCCGAGUCCCACACGCUCGAGGCCGCCCACUUGUGGUCUGCGCCUUAUCCUGGGUCCUACCAUCCGCCCGGCUCGCGGGGCUCCCUUCUGGACGAGCUGUACGAGCCUGACAUGCCCGAGCACCACCAGCACCACAUCCCGCACGAGCAGUACGUCGACCACCGCCUCCGCCAGCAGUCGCAUCACGCCCACUGGUCCGGCUUGCCCCAGUCUGCGCACAUCGACGCGCCACUCGGGCAUGGUAUGCGCCACGCGCACGACAUCGCCAUGCAGCGCCGCAACACCUUCCCCUACGUCCGGCAGGACCGCGCCGAGAUGAUGUACACCCCGCCACCGCCGUUCAUGGGCAGCGACCACGACUCCAUGUCCGGCAGCCCGUACGGCUCGCGUCCGAGCACGGUCUACAGCGAGCCGCUCUCCAUGGACAACUCGCCACACCUCGCCAUGUGCGAGCCGCUCCCGCACUCGAUGGACGAGCCCUUCGCGCACACCGUCCCUUCGCCGCACCCGCCGUAUCAUGACUUCCACCACUUGGACGGAAUUAAGACGGAGGACCCUACGCCCGUGAUCGUCCCUUCGCAGACCGCCUACCGGCCAGGGUCAGGUGGGAUGCACCCGCUACCCUGCCUCGUGCCGCACAACGGGCUCUUGGUCCAGCACACGGACGACGCCGCGUCGAAGGAGACGCAGUAUCUCCGGCGGCGGUGUUUCAACUGCCACACCACGGAGCCCCCCAGCUGGCGGCGGUCAACCCUCAACCCGGGGAAGAUCGUCUGCAACAAGUGCGGUCUUUACGAGCGGACACACUUGCGGCCACGCCCGCUGCGCUUCGACGAGCUCCGCGCCGGCAGCAAGACGCGAAAAGCGCCGAAGGCCGUUGGCGGGAGCCCGAAGGGGGGGAAGAUGUCAGCUAUGAUUAAGAAGGAGCCGCGCGAGGGCGAGAUGGACGGCGGCGUUAUGACGAUGCCGCGGCGGUCGUCCGUGUCUUCCUCAGCUGGUUCGUCCGUUGGCGCGUCGAGCGACUGGGACGACAACGUCUCCGGCUACUCCUCAGGAUCUGCACCUUCGUCGUCGAUGGGUUCUCCCGCCGCUCAGCCGUUCCCCAUGCGCGACUCCAACUCACAGUCCCCGCCAUUGGUUGGCAGGGACGGUGGCAUUCGGCUGCCUAAUGCGCCGCUCAACGACAUCGCUUCCCUCCAGCCUGCCUCUCAGCAGCCCAACCCGCGUAAGGCUGCGACAGCGCCGAUGUACUUCCCCGGCAACCAGCCGCAAGGCGACUACUAUCGGCGCGGCUCGCUUCCAACGCCGCACGACAUGCAGCAGCGGCCAGUAGACGUCACGAUCCCCGAAGUUACCGGUUGGCAGCCGGUGCCCGUGGACAUGUCGCCGAAGGACAAGGCGCGCAAGGCUGUGUGCUGACCGCAUUGCAUUAUUCUUUAUUGGACACUUAGAGACACCGUCCUGCGCCGCUGCCGUAUCUAUUCGUCACCCCCGUUGUCCCCUCGCCGCCCCGCCUCCGCCCCCCGCUGUACAUCUUUUCCGCGGGCGAGACCGAUACCUUCAAAACGGCCAUACCCUACGCGCACGCACACGAGCCUCGUGUGUGGGACGUCACCACGAAGAAGCAAGGCCAAAAGACUGGUGCUGCCAUGUACUGACCACCCUCCAUUACGCCUACGGCGCUCAUUGUAUCAUUCACCCCGCAUUGCAUCGUUGUGUUCCACUCUCAUCCGGUUCUUGGAGUCAUCGUCGGCUUUGUGUUUUCCUAUUUUUUGUUACUUAUUGGUACGGAUCUAUCUCCGCUCGCGUCUCCUGCGUAUGCUCUCGGUGCC